UGUAGUAUCCAUUAUCAGGAUAAGCUCCUGUCUGUGUUUGCUUAUUGUACAGCCAUGCUUCUGAGGUUCAUUUGCUCGGUUGUCACUAGAUCACUAUUUAUUUUAAUUUCACUCAUAGGUGUGUGGAGAGUCGUAUGGGUGAAAAACGACAAGUUAUUCUGGCUGCUAACUAUCCUGUUUCUACCCCUUGUAGUGGAAAUGAUUUUAACACUGAGGAGAAGAAAAAGCAAAGACUGUAAGUGGUUCUCUCCACCAAUUUUGCUGUUCCUUCUCAGCAUUAUACCGAGCAUUUGGAUCCUUGAGCUUCAUCAUCAUCAGAAUAAACACAGUUAUGCCAAGUGUAAUCGACUCGAUUCAUCAGAGAACGUUAAAGAUUUCGUUCAACACUGGAGGAGCUCUAAUGCUACUAAUGAGACCGAUAUUUAUAAGUUUUUAAAGGACUCUGAGAAGCUCUUGUCAUCAGUGUGCCCCAACGACUGGAUUUUGGCACUACACCAGGCCUUGCUGUUGCUGCUGAUUGUGGGAAAGUGGCUGAUGCCCAACGAAGGAGGCCUCACCCGAGACGAGCUCUCGCAACUGCUCCUCAUCUUUGUAGGGACGGCCGCAGACAUCCUUGAGUUCACUAGCGAGACUCUGUCCGAUGUCAAGGAUAAGAGCCCAGUGUUGGUGUACAUUAUUCUAGCCAUUUGGACAUGGAGUAUGCUACAGUUCCCUCACAAUCUCACAGUGUUAAGCUCUAGAACAGAGGAGUGUGAGACGCAGACUGACUCUCUCCUCUCUCGACACCGAACAGACUUCUGGGCUGUGAUUGAAGCCCUCUUGAUUCAGGACGGCCCGUUUUUGUUGGUCCGCCUGACCGUCAUGAUACACUUUGAAAUUGUUCACCAAAUGCUGGUCUUCUUUGCCAUCAAGAACUUUCUGGUGGUGGCACUGAAUGUGUAUCGCCUCUGGGUCAUUUGUUGGGACUCCAGAUCCUGAGAAAGUCUUUCUUUCCUGAGAAAGAUAUUCUUAUUAGAAUAUCAUCUAGCCGAGACUUGUUUAGGAGAGUUUGAAAAGUACAGCUUACAUUUUAUAUAUGAGAUUCAUUAAAAAGUGUAAUCUGAUUACUUAGUUGAUUAAUUAUUGUUAUAUGUCUGUGUACAAUAAUUUUUUUAUUUAAAAAAUAACUGAAGUUGCAGGUAGUAGAUUAGUAUAAAUAAUAAACCAGCAAUAUCAAUGUAUACAUAUAACAGGGAUGGACAGUAUUUCUGUAUACAUGUACAAAUAAAUGUUUGAAAUAGCAAAAGAAAGUAUUUUGCAAUUUGUGUUUGAUGCUUCCAGGAGAAGAAGAAGAAAAAUGAUUUCAUCAAACUUCAUGUGUGCUGUAUUUUUGCAUUUUCAUUUGCAUGGUGACAUCAUGUAAACUUGUGCUCAUGUGAUUGUGGUGGAUUUCAGAGCCGGCGCAUACAUGAGAGCUGCUAUACAGCUUGAACAUCUCAGCAACACCAAACACUUAUCAAAGACACCUUGUGUAGUAAACUGUUUAAGAAGAGCUCAUGCAAUGUCUACACCCAUUAGCGAGAAAAUAGCUGACAAUGUGUUGACUGAAAUGUUUCUAUCCUUCAAGAUAAAAAAAAACAUUAUUGUGCCUGAGUGUUUAAAAGAUUUCACAUAAUGAGAGAUGUCCUGAGAUUCUGAGCCAAAUCUGCUUGUAUUGUGUAAGUAAAUCUAACAGCAGAUCAACACUACAGUACAGGAAUACACUACAGAACACCAAUACCAGAAACCAAAGAAACAAUAUAACUGAUUGACACUUCAUAAUUUAGUACAUGAAAGAUUACUGUUAUCAGUUAAAGUGGUAUUAUUAGUCUUACAGAGCAUUUGGGGCAUUUUGUACUAUCUAUUAAAAUACAUUUUGAACUGUU